UACGUACCUAUAUGAUUAUUAUUAUUAUUUUUCCAUAUGCAACAAUAAACGAGGGUUGUACUGAUGUGUAUAUGUUGGUUUUCAGCGUAUUUCCUGAAUCCCAAAUACCACUACAGCCGAAAUCUCUUCGAAGAUAAUUCAUUAAAGAGGGUUGUACAUGAGGUGUACGAUCACUUAUUCCUCGACUGUCCGGGGAAAGGCACCUUUGGUAGUGAGAUUGUUAAAUUCCGCGACGUGGUUAGAAUGUUUGGGUGCCACCCUGCAGUGAAGUCAAGGAACACCAUGAUGGCAUGCGAAUGGUGGUCCAUGUACGGGACUGACUACGAGACGUUACAACAACUGGCUGUCCGUGUGCUUGCACAGACAGUGUCCUCGUCACCCUGUAAAAGGAAUUGGAGUACAUUCUCCCUCAUCCACACAAAUAAACGUAAUAGACUAGGGUAUGAGAGGCUUCAGAAGCUAGUGUAUUGUCACUACAAUAUGAAGUUACGAGAGAGGCUGCUCCGCACAGAAGGAAGAAGAAAAGCGCAGGAAGAUCCAUUAGACCUGAUGACAGUCGGACAACAUGCAUAUGCUGAGGAUGUGGAGGAUGACCCAGUUUACCAGUGGAUUAGGUCAGAUGACUUGGAUACCUAAGAUGGGCGACCAGAGCCACAUGUUGCGGCGGAAGUAGAGAGACAAGGGAUUAAUGUUAAUGCACAUGUGGAGCAGCAAAGGUCUCCUACUGAUGCAUUCGACCCAUUGACGAGGAGGCUGAAGGGCAGCCUGCGGCAUUCACUAUCACGUGAGACAUGUGGCGGGGAGACAUUGUCUGACACCAAGACUGAGUCAAAUAGUGAUGCGGGGAAUGAGUCUGGUGAUGAUGAUGGCGGCGAUAAGGGUGACGAUGACUCUAAUAACAGUAAGGAUGAUGAUGAUGAUGAUGAUGAUGGCGACGACGAUGGUGGCGACGCGGGUGUGAGUCAGGAUAAGAGGCCUCUUAACCCUUUCACCGGGGAGAAGAAUUUCGAUCAUUCUACGCAGGACCCUGACCAUGGUUCUCGUCUAGGAGAACCACGACCCCGUCUUGUUUACAAUAAGACGUACACACGUCAAAAGCUACUGCAGAAAAAGAAGACUCAUAAACUUUCAGAUAUUGAGGAGGAGCUGCUGGCAAAAUGCAUGAGAGACACAAGCGUUCGUGGCAAGCGAAGUGGCUCUAGAUUUGGAUCACGGACGAGGGAGGGGAGCUCGAGUUAUAGGCCACAACAUGAAUCUGGAUCACAAACACAGGAGAGUAGCUCAAGUUCUGUGCCACAGUAUGGGCAUGGAUAUGGACCUAGUGGAUAUGCGACGAGUGACUCUAGCAGUUACGACACAUCAUUUUUCAACCCUCGUCAGGAGUUCACUUUUGCAUAUGGGCAAGGAUAUGAGCAGCAGUAUGGAUAUGGCCAACAAUAUGGAUACCAAGGAACUUCAUAUGUGCCCUUCCCAGAUCCAUAUCAGUUACAGACUGUGAUGAUUACGCAGUACCCACGGAUGGGCGUAUUGAUUCAAUUCGGAGAGGAUGAGUACCAGCGUUAUGUCAAGGAGUAUCUUAACUGAUACUACUCUACUAUGACCUAGGCACAAUAUUGUCGAUUUGUGGAGCAACAGUACUAUGCCCAGUCCCAUUGAGAUGGAGAUGAUGAUUACGAGCAACCACGCAACUCUACGUGGGUCUAGACCACAACUAGUCCCCAUCAUUGAUAUGUAUAUUUCUCAAAUUUUACUUCUUCAAUUCUUCUUUUGCUUUUCAAUGAAUUGGUUGUGUUUUCAUACAUGACUAUGAUAUAUUUAUAAAUAUCAUGCAUCCAAUUUAAAUAUAGUUGCAUUAGUUCAGUUAAACAUCGCAUAGCUUAGGACCUUAUACAAAGCAAACUUAUUAUGUGCAUAUUUUUUUUGAGAUGUUAUGAUUUAAAAGUGUGUAUUAAGGGCUUUUUUAACAAUCCCCCAAGUUUCAUUAAAAAAUUCAACCAUUUUCUUAAUGUUUCCCCAUGUUUCCCAAAAAGUGCAAUAAAUUA